UUGCCUUGAAAUUGCGACGCUGAUUUGGUAACACCAUCUCCUGUAGACACUCUUGGCGAAAGCAGCGCCGUGCAACGAAACAGCGGGCCCAAAAAAGGGGGAGCGAAAGCCAACAAAUCAACCAGGGAAGCCAAAGAGCCGAGCCGAGGGCGCAGGAAAAGCGGGGGCAGGAUGGCAAGCAACCCUGUGACGCUCAGGCGCCGCCAUUUCGCUCAGAACUGCGCGGGACAAGUGUUGUCUGCUAGUGCGCAUGACUGCAGCAUCGGGCAGGUGCCGUCUGCACCGUCGCGCCCUGCGCACCGAAUUGGCCCAAUAGAGUGACGUUCCAGCGCCGCCCGUUCGCUCGCGCGGCGGGGAAUUCGAUUUUGGGCCGGACGCCAUUUGCGCAUAGUUUGCGCCCGAAUCUGCAUCAGGCUACCUGGCCUGCAAAUCGCGUCUCGACCAGGUCAAGAAUAGUCAUCUUGGUGCGCCUGCCUGGGCCCAGGCCAGCAGCGGAAGACAAGGCCUUCUGGCACGGGGACUUCAGCGAGAGCGAUGGCAAACCGACAGCAUGGCACAGAAGGCUGCUUAGAACAUGAUCUCAUGGCACAAACAAGCAGGUGAGUGCAUCAAACGAUGUCACGGCGUUAGAAGACCGGCAAGGUGUGCGAAACAGCAUGAUCAAGACAUCGAUUCCUUGCUCAAGCCUUGCGAGAACAAACCUCCGAAGAACGUGAAACAUGCUGCAACGAGGGGCGAAGCAGAAGAAACGUUUGCCUCAGCAAGCGCGGGAAUAAACAGGGACCUCAGAAAUUCAGCAAUCGACCUCCUCGUCACCGACACGAGCUUGUUUUGUUCGAAACGGAAUCCCCAUAGGAAGAAGAGGUUAAAACACCCGUGUCUCAACCUAAGUUACCAUAUCCGUCUUAACAUCAUCCUCCCAAGCAGCAGCUGCUCGAGACAGGUCCCCACCACCACCAUCAUGAAUUUCGGCAUCGCCACCUUUAAACACGCAAAAACCCCCUUUCUUAUGAUUAUUUCGUGGAUCAACACCUCCGCUAAAAGGGACACCUUGACCGGCACGAAAACCACCAGGAAAAGCAGGAUGAACACGGAGAAUGAGAUCACGAGCACGAGCCCAAACUCUUUCAGCACCAAAAUAUUGGGGAUAUCAAUAAAUAUGAGCAAAGGGCACAUGACCAGCAUGAUCGUCUCUUCCACGAUUCGGCCCCAGCACCUCAAAGUGAAUCGCUUCGAUGAUCAGCACCUUCACCACGGUCGGCACCACCAUGAAGAGCAGGAAGACCAGGACGAACACCAUCAAGAGCACCAUCACGAACGCCACGAUUAACCGAUUAACCACACCAGAACCCAAGCGAUCACCAUGUGGAUAAGCACCCCCGAAACGAAAGGAACCUCCAAGAGGAUCGGCACAGACACCACCAGGAAUAACAGGAGUGGCAGCCCGACAGGAAUCACGAGGACCCGCCACAACGCAAGCAGCAGCAUCUGCGUAGCGUUCGGAAUCAACAUGAACGGCAGCCUGACCAACUUCUCCACGAGGAUCGGCCCCAACACCUCCAAAAAUUAGCCCGGCGAAGGACCCAACCAUAUGCAGUUGUGAGGACCGUUUUUGUGAGCAACGCAUUCGGCGGGCUGUGCCACUGGGAGAUCCGGUGGAGCUCCGUAUGGGGCUACGAAGCGUGUGAGAGGUGUGCCGACAGCAAAGGCAAGGAUGGGGGAGGAGGGAGGAGGGGGAGGAGGGAGGAGAGAGGAGGGAGGAGGGAGGGAGGAGGGGGAGGAGGAAAGAUGGAGGGAGGAGAGACGCGGGGCACCGUCUCUUCAAAACGAGGACCCAACACCACAGGAUGCGUGGAAAAAAUCAUUACGAUCGCCAUGUUCACGGCGGCCAACACCGCCAGAAAGAGCAGGAUUUUCAGGGCGACGGACAGGGAGAUCACGUGCACAACUAUGCGGAGGCAGCCCACCAGUACCAUCAUACUUUCCAUUGAAAUAACAGGGGCACCAACAUCAUCAGCGCGAAUGCGCACCGAAUUAUGAGCUUCACCCCUAGUGUCUUUAUGUCUGUCAUCCACAGUCACGCAUCCAGACAACACGCCCAGCAGCGUCGCGGACAUGUCGAUCAACGCCCGAUCGGGCAUGCUAAAUUCCACCGGCGGGGGGAGAACGACCGGAACAAGCAGAUGACAUCGUUGAGAGGCCAGCCGCACCCUCGCUUGUCGACCAUCGCGGAGAUCAGCGAGGAUCCAGUCCAGCGGGGCCGCCACCAGCAUAACCGUCGGCCGCGCGAGGAGGGGGAGGGCAGGGGGAAGGACCGCGCGCGGCGCCCGGUAGCCUGCGACGCACGGAAAGGCUUGAUGAUGACGAUGCUGAUGAUGAUGACGGGGAUG